AUGGAUGACCAGAGGCCGGCUCUUCUUGAGGUUUGGAAGGUCCUGCAGGCCGCGGAGUCCGAGGCGAGCGUCCCCCACGCCGCCACCCACCCCUCCCGCCCGCCGGCGCCCACGGGCGCCGCGGGCGCCGCCGCGUGCGGCUCCCCGGCCCUCCGCCUGCUGGCGGCCACCCGGGGGCGCCUCGCGGAGGUCGAGCUCCGCCUGGCAAGGCAGGCGGCCGCCCAUGCAGCAUCUGACCGCGUGGCAGCCCGGCCGCCGCUGCCCAUGGUCCCCGGGCUGGGGCCACCCCCCAAGGUGCUGAUUGAUUAUCUAGAUGUGUGUGCCGAUGAGGCGGCGCAGCAGCGCGGAUUCGAUGGCGCCGGUGCCGCGGACGGCGGCGGCCGUGGGGCGCUGCUGUGGGAGGACCGGGCGCUUCUGCACGCAUCGGGCGCCGCGGCGGGUGCAGGCGUGGGCGCGGCGGGCGCGCGCGUGCGUGCCGCCGCGCUGGCUGCGGCGGGGGAGGCGCUCGAGAUGAAGGCGUUAGAGGCGCGGGCCGCCGCCGCGGCGGCGGACGGCGCGCCUGGCGGCGCCGCCGCCGCGAGCCCGCCUGACGGGCCCGCCGCGGCUGCGUUGAGCCAGGUUGGCUCGGCUGCGGACGCGUCUGCGUGCCGGGUCUCGUCUUGUGGUGACCAGGCGCCGCGAGAAAAAGAAGACACAGAGGCGUCGAAUGGAACGGCCGGGCCCGAGGGAUUCUACGGGCACCAGGCGGUCUGUUACUUUGAAUCAGCGCUCGCCGCCGCCGCCGCCGCCGGCGACAUGGCCACCGCGCGCCGCGCCGCGCUCGCGCUCGCGCGCUCAGCGGCGCGGCGCGGCGCGGCCGCCGGCGUGGCCGAGUGGCUGUCGGUGGCGCAGAGCGCGGCGGCGGCGGCGGCAAUGAGGGAGACGUUCAUCGAGGCCGCGGGGCCGUCGGGGCACCCGGAGGUGCUGGCGUGGCGGCGGCACGCCGCGGCCGAGACGGGCGGCCCGCGGCUUGACGGCGUCCCGGCGGGGUGUGGGGCGGCGGGCUUUGUGCAGCAGGCCGACGCGGCCGCGGCCGCCGCGGGCGUCACGCGCGCGCGGCUGCAGCUCGGGCCGCUCCCGUUGCUGGCGCCAACUCUGUCGGCGCUGCCGCCCUCGACGCGCGUGCUGAUCCUUCACCACGACGAAACCGCCGGGGAGCUGUUUCUCGUUGCGGCAAACCUGCCUGCGGCGCAGCCGGCGGCGCCCGCCGCGCCGCCCGGCGCCGCCCAGGCGGCCGGCGCAGGGAGCGGCGGCAGGCCGGCGCAGGGGCUGGGCGCGGGGCAGGGCAACAAGGGCGCCGCUGCACCGGCAGGCGAAGGGGUGGAGGUGGCCGCGACAGCUGAGCCGGUUGUGGCCAGCAUGCGGCUGUCGGCUGAUGAGCUAUCAGAUCUGGUUUCCGAUUUCCGAAAUUACAAGCGUCGGCUUGGGCGGGCGCUAGUGGAGGGCGCGACACAGGCGCAGGAGCGCGCCGCCGCCGCCGCAGCCGCGGCGGCCAAGGCAGCGGCGGCGGCUGCGUCAACUACGGCCGUAGCGGCCGCUGGCAGGGGCGCGCAGCCGCAGAGGCUGGCGGCGUCGCCGACUGGGACCCGUCAAUCGAUGGCCGUCCACGGCGGCAAGGCUGCUGCUGCUGCUGCCGCAGCGGCGGCGCAGCAGCAGCAGCAGCAGCCCGGCUGCGUCCCCGAGGCGCCGCUGCUUGGGGAGGAGUUCAACACAGAGUGGCGAGCCUUGGUGCAGCGUUUUGAGGCGCUGCUUAAACCCCUGGCCCACCUGCUGAUCGCCGCCCUCCCGCUGCCGCUGACGUCGCAGCAGCAGCAGCAGCAGCAGCAGCAGCAGCAGCAGCAGCAGCAGCAGCAGCAGCCGCCAGCCCCUACCACGCCGCCCUCUGCCUCGGGUAGCGGCAGAGCGCCCGCAGCGCCGGCAGCGGGCGAGGGCGGCGGCAGCAGCCAUUCAUUGCUGCUGCUAAUAGACCCUGAGCUGUCCCCCCUGCCUUGGGAGGCCCUGCCGGCCGUGCGUGGCUCUUGCGGCAGCGUCGGCCGGUGCUUCUCGGCCGCACUCGCGCGCCACCUGCUGGCGCCGCCCGGCGGGGCGGCGGCGGCUGCCGCUGCGCCGGCUGCGGGCUCAGCGAAGGGCGCAGCGACGGUGGCGUCGGCGGCAGCAGCGGCGGCGGCUCCGGCUGAGGGCGCGGCGGUGGCGGCUGGCGUGGCGGCGCAGCCUGCGGUGGUGAAUGCUGUGCGGCUGACGUACAUCGUGGACCCCCUCCAUGAAGAGAGCGACGCUGGUCAACAGCAUUCAGGCGAUUACGUCGUCCCCCUGCUGCCCUUGCUUCGGGAGAAGCUGCUCCCAGCUUACGGCGCCCAGUGGCAGGCGGGCCUCGUGGGCACGCCGCCGCUCGGCGGUGCCGGGGCCGGCGCCGUGGUGCCUGCUGACUGCGAGUAUGCAGCGGCGGCCGCGGGGGCGUCGGCGCUACUCUUCAUGGGGGUGGGGCGCUUCCUCGCCUACAUGUCGCCAGAGGUACUCUGCGGCCUGGACCUGUCGGGCUGCACCGCCGCCCUCAUCUUCGACCGCGCCAGCAACGCCGAAGCGGCCGUGCGGCAGCUGCGCCUGGACAACCGCAAGCCGCGCGCGCGGCGCGCGCUCGAGGGCCCGACGCGCGUGGCGAUGCUGCUGCUGCUGCGCGGCGUCCGCUGCGCCGCGCUGACGCCGGUGGCAACGACUACGUGGGCGAACGCGCAGCUGGCGGCGGGGCUGCUCAGGGGCUUGGCAUCCGAGGGCAAGACCCUGGGCGCGGCUGCUGCGGCAGCACUGCAGGGGCUCGGCCAGCACGAGGUGCAGGCGGUGCGCGAGGCGGGGCUGGUUGUGUGGGGCCUGCCGUUUGCGGCGGCGCCGGACGCAGGGGAUGGCGGGAAAAAGGGCGGCAGGGGCGGCGCAGCGAGGAAGUAG